AUGCAUGCACCUGUUGGGCCAGCCUCCCUUGGAGACACGGGUGACUCGAAUGAACUGCAUUUUCAACGUGCCUUCUCCUGCUUCAGGACCUGGGGGCUCCUCCUGGCCCUCCCUGGCGAGCCCCCGGCCCUGGGCCAAAUCCUCCUGUCCGCGGAGCCAAGAGCAGUGGACAGGAGCAGCCUCUGGGGUGGGGUCCCUGCCCCUCCAUCCUUUGAUCUCAGUGCCUUGCUCGGCUCUCCAGGGAAUCCCUGCAAGCCUGCUCCCCGCCCCCUCCAUCCCCGAGCAUCUCAACUGUCUUCAAACUUUGGACAGAGCGUGGACGCCAGGUCUUCUGAGGCCCACGGUGGUCUCGGGGAGGGGGACACGGGCUUUUCGAGAAAACGGGGAGUCCGCGGGUGGUCCCAGCCCUCCCUUCAGGCGCCGGGGGGCAGCCCCUGGCCUGUGAGAAUACCGUGUCUCAAUAGGCAGCGACCUGCUUUCUCACUCUUGUCGCACGUCUUCCGUCCUCACAGCUCUUCCAGAGUCGCGUUAUCUUCCACCCUCCUGGAAAGAUGCCCCUUCCCCGUUCGCUGUUGCAGCUGCCUCCCAGGAGGCCUUGCGGGGUGGGCGAGGCCAGGGAGUGUCCACGGUGACCCCGACCCCUGGGGCUGGGCCCCUCCCUGGGGGCUGCCCAGCUGUUUUGCUGAAAAGUCAAUUAAAACAUCUGUGCUUACCCUUCUCCAAUUACAUUCCCUCUUGCUUAAGGACAAAGCGAAUCAAACCAUUCUGCCGCCUCAGGCUCCGAACCAAAUUUUGUACACAAAUUUAUUAGCAUCAUAA